GCUUCAUUUACCUCAGACUCAUCUGGUCUUAUUUUUAGCUCCGGCAUCUCUCUCUCCUGCUUUCUUAAUAUGGCGAUGAGCUCUUAAGCCAGCAUGGGGAUGGGGGCUGAGAAGCCCUGGACAUUGGGGGCGGGGGAGGGAAGGAGCCCCUGGGAACCUGGGGAGAGGCAUGGGAGACGGGAGGAAUCCUGUCCUCACGGAGCUGUCCUGGCCUCAGAAGGUUAUCGUCUCUCCUGCCAACCACAGAGACAUAUUUAGACAGGACCAGGUGGGGACCGAGGAGUGCCAGUUUCAGGGGGCAGCUCCAGUUCCCUCCCCGCCCCCUGUUCCUAUGCCUCAUCCUGACCCUUUUUCUCUUGGCUCUGUGGGCAGUUUCUCCAGGACCCAGCAGAGUCCUCCGUCAGUACUCUGGGCCGUUCCCCACCCCAACCCCACCUUGAGCUCCUGAUUCAGGAUUCCACACCCACGGGCCCCUCCCAACCCCAGCUAACCUCUCCUGGACCAGGAGAGUCGACCCAGAUCCCACUACCUCCAUGCACGCUACAGACAGGAUGGGGGCCAGAGCUGUGCCGGGCCUGCGGCUGGCACUGCUGUUACUGCUGGUGCUAGGGACACCCGAGUCCGGGGUGCAGGGAGAGGACGGGCUAGACUUCCCCGAGUAUGAUGGUGUGGACCGUGUGAUCAACGUCAACGCAAAGAACUACAAGAACGUGUUCAAGAAGUAUGAGGUGCUGGCCCUCCUCUACCAUGAGCCCCCUGAGGAUGACAAGGCCUCACAGAGACAAUUCGAGAUGGAGGAGUUGAUCCUGGAGUUAGCAGCCCAAGUCCUAGAAGACAAGGGUGUUGGCUUCGGGCUGGUGGACUCUGAGAAGGACGCAGCUGUGGCCAAGAAGCUAGGACUGACUGAAGAGGACAGCGUUUACGUGUUCAAGGGGGACGAGGUCAUCGAGUACGACGGGGAGCUGUCUGCAGACACGCUGGUGGAGUUUCUGCUGGACGUCCUAGAGGACCCUGUGGAAUUGAUCGAGGGUGAUCGGGAGCUGCAGGCGUUUGAGAAUAUUGAGGAUGAGAUCAAGCUCAUUGGCUACUUCAAGAGCAAAGACUCAGAACAUUACAAAGCCUUCGAGGACGCAGCCGAGGAGUUCCAUCCCUACAUUCCCUUCUUCGCCACCUUCGACAGCAAGGUGGCAAAGAAGCUGACCCUGAAGCUGAAUGAGAUCGAUUUCUAUGAGGCCUUCAUGGAAGAGCCUGUGACCAUCCCAGACAAACCCAAUAGUGAGGAGGAGAUUGUCAACUUUGUGGAGGAGCACCGGAGAUCAACCCUGAGGAAACUGAAGCCUGAGAGUAUGUAUGAGACCUGGGAGGACGACAUGGAUGGGAUCCACAUCGUGGCCUUUGCCGAGGAAGCCGAUCCCGAUGGCUUCGAGUUCUUAGAGACUCUCAAGGCUGUGGCCCAAGAUAACACUGAAAACCCUGAUCUUAGCAUCAUCUGGAUUGACCCUGAUGACUUCCCCCUGCUGGUCCCAUACUGGGAGAAGACGUUUGACAUCGACUUGUCAGCCCCACAAAUCGGAGUCGUCAAUGUUACUGAUGCGGAUAGCAUAUGGAUGGAAAUGGACGAUGAGGAGGACCUGCCUUCUGCUGAGGAGCUGGAGGACUGGCUGGAGGAUGUGCUGGAGGGCGAGAUCAACACGGAGGAUGAUGACGAUGACGAUGAUGACGACGAUGACGAUGACUAGUUGCUGUGGCAACCGCCUCCCGGCCCCGCCGGCUCUCCUCAUGCUUCUCCUGCCUUCUCUGCCCUUCCCUGGCUCAUUCUGGGGACACUAAGCCUCUUCCAGGGACACUAGGUCAUUAUCUGCCGUCGGGGCGAUGGAGAUCUCUAUGCUGGGUGCUGAGAGCCUGACCCCUCAUUAGAUGAGAUUCCACAUGGCUCAGCUCACUCAUCUGACUCUGAUUCUCACCCCGUCACUUACCUGUAUCUCCUACUUGUCUCUUCCGUCACCCCCCACACUCUUUCUUGGGAUUCUCCCCUUGCCACGUCCGUGGGAUCCCACCUCUCUUCUGCUCCCUCUGUCUAUGUACAGCCUCCCCCAACUCUCUCAAACCCUGCAUCCUUCUGGCUGUCCUGUCCCUGGCCAGGAGGAAGGGAGGCUUCUGUGUUGGGGGCUGUGUCUCCCACUCUCUUAUUAAUGUAUUUGGGUCAAAUGAGAGGCCACAAUAAAGGCAUCUGGGGCAGCAUGA